AGCUCGUGUUUCAACAUACACCAUCAUUUUUUGCGCCGACCGUGGGACCAUUUUUAAAGUUUUUUCGACCAGGUCAAAACUUUACCCCCACUAAAUAUCCACAAUCAUGUCUUCAAGCAACCACAACACUGUGUCAAGCCAGGCUGCAAGUGAAAGCACUCCUGCCAUCCCAUUGAUGAUGACGAGCAUGGGGACAACCAUUGUCCCAAUCACCACGGUAGGAUCGAUUGGCAUGAUUCCAAUCACGUCAACCCCUACUCCUUCGCCAACGACAACAAUGUUCCCAGGCUCGAUUACAACGCCGGGGGGAGCAUUCACACCAUACCCGUCAGCUUGGGCUCAAUUUGCUGCUGACCCGGCAAAUGCUCAGGCUCUACAGGGCUAUCAACAGAUGAUGGCCAUGAUGCAACAGGCAGGGGGCGUCAUGCCAUUUUCCUAUCCUGGCAUGACGCCACCAAUUAUGCCACCUCCGGUGUCGACCCCGUCGACAUUUGUCCCUAGGAUGGUCCCUAUACGCCCGGUGAAUUUGACGGGGACCAUGAACGAAGCAACACCUUCAAAUGUCCACGAGGUCGACGAGACGGAGCAAGAGGCGGCUCGCAGAAGGAAGGGUAAGGCUAUAGCCAAGCCCAGCAAAACUCGAGAUUCGGCGUUCAAACGCCUAGGGGACAAAGAGGAUGGACCCCGCAAGCCUGCUAAGCUACGUCUUGGUCCUGAGAUGGGCCGGACUAGUGCAAUGGAAAGAUUGGCGGGAGUCCCCAGGGCAUCGGCGUAUACCAGGCUCUCAUACGAUGAGGAUGACCUGGACAAGAUAGGGAGCAUAGCGAGGAAGCUACGUGUGGAGAAAUUGACGCGGAAGAUCAAGUUGGACAGGAAGAAAUUCACGGGAAAGGAGGAUCCAAAUGUCCACCUUGACACCUUCCACAAUGCAGCACAUAUGGCCGGGUGCACUAAUGCUGAGGAGUGCCUGCUCUUCUUCUCAUCCUUGAGAGGGAGACAAGUGGAAUGGUUUAAUGGACUUCCCCAUGGAAAGAUUGGAUCCUUUAAGAAACUUGCCGAGGUUUUCCGCAAGAAGUACCAGGGCAACUGCAUCAAAAGGAAAAAGUUCACCUACCUUAACACGGUAGGGCAGAAGGAGAAGGAGUCGUUGACUCAAUUCUUGACCCGCUGGAGGGACGAGGUUGACAAGGCGGAGGUCCUAAACAAGAGCAAGCGGGAGCUGGAGGAAGGCUAUACAAAGGUGAAAUCCGACAAGCCGAAGAAGGAUGACCAGACGGGAGGGUCCAAGCCAAAGGCCACAUAUGACGGAUCCGUCCAUGAAAUAAGGGAUGAGAAGAAGGGAGAACAACCCAAGAGACCUUGGACGGAGAAGUGGUGUACCUACCACCAAUCCGUCUCCCACAACACGGCAGACUGCCGAAAUGUCAAGGCCGUGCUCAAGGAGAUGGCCUUGAGGGGAGAGUUGGGGAAAGGAAGCAGUGUCAACGUUCUAUACUUAGACGCUUUCAAGAAAUUGAAGCUGGACAGGUCCAUGUUGAGACCAUUGCAAACUCCAUUGUCAGGCUUCACAGGAGCUAGCAUAGAAGCAGAAGGUCAGAUAACCUUACCGGUUACCUUGGGGACAGGUAACAGGACAGUGACCAAACAAAUGAGAUUUGUUGUGGUCGACAUCAAAUGUGUGCAUAAUGUCAUCCUGGGUAGACCUGGAAUCAACCAGGUUGACAAGGGUGAGGAGAAAGAUAGGAUCGAGCUGGAUGCAAACACGGAGGUGAUCCAGAUUGAUGCCUCCAAUCCUGAGAGGAAGGUCAAAAUUGGGGCUGAUCUUCAGGAGGAGCUAAGGACUGAGAUUGUCCAAGUGCUGACCAGCUUGGUGGUAGGCCACAUCAAUGGCAACAUGGAGGCCAAAGGAGAAAAAAUGCAGAGGUAUAGAGAUUUGGCAAGGGCACUACUGAAGAACUUGACUGAGUAUGUGAUGGAGCAAAUCCCUAGGGGGGAGAAUACCGAUGCAGACUUGUUAUCAAAAUUGACACAAGCAGCCCCGGAGCAUGUGUCCAAGUUGGCCAAGAUUGAGACGCUAGAGAAAGUCAGCAUUGAUGGGUUUUCUGAUAGCAUGAUAGAGGAAGAUGGGCAGCCCAAUCCAGAUCUGGUGGAGCCAGAUGAUAUUUGGAUGGAUGACUUGGUCAGGUACUAUAUGACUGGGCAAUUCCCUGAUGAUGAGGAUAGGGUAAAGAAAGUAAAGUUGAGGGCUCCAAGAUUCCAAAUGCUUGAUGGAAGGCUAUACAAAAGAGAAUUUUGUGGUCCAUUUUUGAGUUGCUUGACCAGGCCUGCAACAUACUACCACCCGGUCUCCAAUGUUAUUCCAUUUGGUAGGUUUGGGAUGGACAUCAUUGGAGCCUUCCCUCAAGCGCAAGGGAGAAAGAAGUAUGUGAUGAUUGCUAUCGACUACUUCACAAAGUGGGUAGAGGCCGAGGCAUAUGCAACCAUUACGACCAAGCAAUGCCAACGCUUCAUGUGGAAGAACAUCAUCACUAGGUUCGGGUCACCGCGGAACAUCGUGACGGAUAACGGGCCUCAAUUUCGAAAUCCAGGGUUCAGCAAGUACUUGGAGGACUUCGGGAUCACUCACAACAAGGCUUCCGUGGCCUACCCGCAAGGGAGGGGCCAGGUGGAGAAUGCGAACCGCACAAUAGUGGAUGGGAUCAAGAAGCGGUUGGAUGAGGCAGGAACAAAUUGGCUAGAGGAGCUGCCACAUAUCAUCUGGGCAUACCGGGUCACUUCAAGAAGGGCUACAGGAGAGACACCUUUCGUCCUUACAUAUGGAUGUGAGGCCAGACUACCCAUUGAAGCAAAAAUAAUGACUUUCCGGGAAAAGAUCUAUGAGGAGAAAGGGAAUGAGGAAGAUCAUUUGGCGGAGCUGAACUUCCUAAAAGAAAGGCGGAUGGUCGUUGAGGCUAAAAUGAUAGAGUACCAGCAAGCAGCCAAGGCCUACCAUGAUAACAGGGUAGGGCCUCAUUAUUUCCAAGUGGGUGACGAGGUCCUGAGACGAAGGGAGGCCAGCAAACUAGGAGACGGGGGAAAGCUCGCGAAGAAAUGGGAAGGUCCAUAUAGGGUCACGGCAGUAUUACGCCCAGGGACGUACAAGUUAGAAACAAUGGAAGGUAGAGAAUUGGAAAGGUGUUGGAAUUCCCACCACCUUAGAAAAUUCUACCGAUAGACCAAAAUGGGCAGGGCAUGUAUUUGUAACACCCCUUCGAUGAUGAAUAAAAGCUUUAUUCAAUACUUGUGUUGCUAGGUCAAUGAAGCUAAAAUAACUUG